GUUGUUUCCAAAAAAGUAGCACUUCUCCGAGUUGGAAAAUCAAAUAAAAACAUUCCUCUUUUUUCUUCUUCUUCUUUUUUCCUUUUCUUUCUUUGAUAAUGAAACUCUUAGUAUUACUUCCUGUCUUGUUUGCUCUUAUAGUCGAUGCAUUACCUCCGCCCGAUACGUUGUCAACUAAUGCCUUAUUUUAUAAUACGACUUGGGAUGGCAUAAUUUUUGGAGAUUUCACAGCCCAAGCUAAUACACAGAGAUUCAAUGGGUCCCUAGCGAUACAGGGUAAUUUUACAGCAAGUGGAUUCACUGUGAAUAACAGACACCGUACAAUUAAUUGUACUGGGAGCAUUGAGUAUGGACUUUCUGUGGGCGGACAAAUUCAGGCACAGAACACAGUAGUAAAUGGAGCAGUCAAUGUAUCAAAUUUAACAUCUGGUAUUACCUUUACCGACCAAAAAUGUUCUAAUCAUACCACCUCCAAGCAUGUGGACUUUAAUCAACUUUACGCAGCAGCCACUAAUUUGUCAUAUUAUCUUGCUUCCCAAAGGCCUAAUGUUGUGAUACGUGAUGGUGGCUUCUUAUCCGAUGGCCAAUUCGAUGCAGACAGCAAUCAGGAAUUUUACAUAUUUACAUUUAACAAGUGUCAAAAAAAGGGAAUGUGUGUCAUUCCUGAUUACCUUUAUUCGAGUCCAGAACAUAUCUUUUUUGGUACAAACUGGACCGGGCCUUGGAACACAGGCUAUCCUAUUGAUAAACGCAUCAUAUUCAACAUUCCCAUUUUGACAAAUUCAACCUUUACCAUGUCAACAAAUAAUCCGGCGGCGGGAUUGGAACAGGCAGAUAUUGUGUAUAAUUUGUACCCUGUAAAUAGCACAGGAGCAUAUGAUCCACAGGGUCACUUUGUUUGGUUUCGCAAUACCACAUCAUUUAUCGGAAGCCAUGUGUUGGCGCCAAAGGCUUCUAUUAUUGAAAAUAACAAAGGUGGUUUCACUGGCCAAUUAAUUGCAGCAAAAUAUCUUUCCAUUGAUACCGUGUAUUUAGACGAUUCCCAUGCUGUUUGAACUUUAGAAUAUGUAUUAACAUGAUGUAUAAAAUGGUAGUCGUAAUAAAAAAAAAUGAUGGUUUAUCAGAUUAGGUAUUGCAGACCUCG